AUGUCACUCAUCUGGGAAAUCACAAAGAACAACAGCAGCUUGUUGAAGAGAACAAGACUCUACGGUGGUGCUUCUUUCCACACCUCACCAACCAACCCACUCAACAUCAACUCUGAAAAGUACACCAAGACAUCCAAUGCCAGCGUUGAAGUUACACCAAAGGGUGAUUUACUCAUCAAGAAGGCUUCUCAUGAUGCUUCUGUCAGAAAGCCAAAGGAAUAUGUCAAGAAGACAAAGGUUGCCAACAAGCAAUUGUCCGUCACCAAGGCUGCUAAGACUAUUGUUGAAACAACUGAAGGUGAGGAUUUCAGAGGUGAUUUGAAGACUGUCCUCGUUGCCAGAGCUGCCAAGUUGUUGAGAUUGAAGCACAAGUCAAAGAAGACCACCAAGGCUACCCAAUCCAAGUAA